UCUGGACCAUCCAGUGCAUCUCCGGUUGCGGUCACACGCGGAUCGUCUAAGAGGGAACGUUGCCGAUUGGUCACGGGCUCGUUCGGCGAUACAUACGGGGUAAAUGCACCCUCACUUAUGUUAAUGUGCACGUAGUUUGGAAUUUUUUGAAGGCGAGUUGAUUGACAAGUUUCUCCGUUUGUUUGGCUGACUGGAGUUGAAUGGAAACAAGAUUACCUAAACAUUCUUCCGGUUUUCCUGUUAUAGUCCUAAUACUCAAUAGUAUGCCUGUGGGAGGUCGUGUGGCUGGCAAAGUAAGCGGGAUAGUCCAAAGCAACUACAAUGGUCGUUCCUACCAAGGAAUCAACGAAGAAAUAAUUUGGGUUAGCAUAGGAAUGGGGGUGGCCAUAGCUGUCCUAAUCACCGUCGCCCUCUGCUACAUUAUGAGGGAAAAAUGCAUCCAGAGGAGGGAGUAUUAUAUAACGGCAUGAACCAUAGUGCCCUUAUAAUUUGUUUUCCUUCAAUUAAAACCGUUAUGUAUUUAUUAAAUAAACUGGGUUUCUUUGUUAUGUUCUAUAUUCAUUCUUUGUUUUACCUGUCAUAAUGUAUAGGGUUUUGUUCUUGUAUAUAAAGUGAUUUCAUUGUAUGUAUGUAUACACUCCUCAUGUUAUUUCUUAAGUAGUGUUUUAGGUGCCUAGAUACAGGGUCAAAUUUUGAUGUUUAGAUGAAAGAAAACUUUUUUAGGUAUUAGGGUCUAAUAGGUAAUAGUUCUUUAUUAAUUGAUUAAUUUUCAGGAUAUUUGUAAGUAAGAAUAAUAAUGUGUCGGUAUUUAAAUGGACACUUUUCAACCUUUUCUAUUAAAAACCAUUGAUUUUCUCAGUAGUUUCAUGCAUUGUAGUUUUUGAAUCAAGUCUUUGUCUUUAAUAGAAAAAGAGUUAAUUUCAAAAAAUGUUAAGAAUCACAAAUGUAAGGUUUUUUUGAAAACCGCUAAUUUUGCCGAUUUUUACCUAAUCAAAUAAAAGUUUCUAAACGGCCAGUUGCAUAUGCCACUUUUCGAAUCAAGUCUCUAUCUUUAUUAACAAAAAAGUUAUCCAUGAUUUUGGAAUGUUCCUGAAGUGUAAAAAUACUAUUUUCUCAAAAACCUUGUUAUUAUGUAACCUCCUUUGACAUUACAUCUCUUAAUAGAGUCUUAAUUAUAUUGUAAUGUUUUAUAGGUUGUACUUCAAAACUCGAUUAGGAAACCAAAAGAGAAUAUUAAAUAUAGUAUAAAAUUAAAAAACUAUGACCAAAAUUAAUUCAAUUUUUAUUUGAAACUUGCCAUAUUACAUUCCUUAUAUUUUCAAUAACAGAAGUAGACACUUAGGUACUUUCGAAGAAUUCAGGCCUACACUUACUAAAAAAUGCAAAUAAAUUUAAUAUAAGAAAUAUAUAUAUUAUCUUUUAAAAUUUAUUUGUAUUUAUAUAUAACGUCCUUUUCUGUGGACCAAAUAAAUGUAUGUAACUAGUUAAUUAGCUCAAACAACUGUAAUAAUUUAGUUCGUGUCAAUUUAAACCAAUAAAUG